CUUCCCGAGUUCACCAACACUUCGAUACCCAAGCCGUUGCAACUCGAAAUCCCCUCUCCCCACCAUACAUACAACCAUGGUCUUCUCUACCCCUGCCAAAGUCUUUACCACAGCACUCGCCAUGGGUGCUCUGGUUGCCACCCAGAUUGAUCUGACGUCGCAAAAGAACGGUGCUGCCAACGGAAUUGCGUCCGACGCCGACGCUGCUUCAAAGCCUACAGGAGCUUCUAGCCGCGGCUUGAAGGGUGCUCGCCGUUUGGCUACCGGAAACGUCGAAGGAUACGGAAGGGUCAAUGCCACGUCCGGAACUCUCGUCAACGGCUUUGCCGGCCCCGGAGAGAGCUCUCAGUACGCUGCCGUCAAACAGACGGGAUCCUUCGACAUCAGCUCAUCUGCCACGGGUCCCAACGGAUAUAUUGAAGGAUCCAGUAGUGGGACGGUUUACCAUACCGAGCUGAAAACGAUUGGUCAGACUGACUACUAUGGCCAGGUUGAAAACACCGGGGCCACUGUCGAGUCCUACGGUACCGGCUACUUUGCCGGAAACUUCGACACGGAAGGGUCCACACCUGCUGGACCCGGAGCCACCACUGCUCCUGGCGCUACGAUGGCACCCACCAGUGCCCCUGUCGCCACGUCGUCCACCAAGGCACCCAAGGCUUCCUUGGUACCCAAGAGUACUGCGGCACCCAAGAGCGAGAAGGCUACCCUUUCACCGAAGAGUGCCAAGGGCGACACCAUGAACAUCGAGGUGCCUCCCCCCGAGCCGCGCACUGCGACGGCGGACGAGGGGGGCGUCACGCCCGAAACUGAGACCGGUUCGGUGUACUCAGUGGCUGGAGGCACAAUCAAGUCCACGAUUGGUGCCUCGGAAGGACAAGUUGGCAGCGCUUCUGGUUCCAUUUUUGUUGGUGGCGCUGGCAACUACAGCGGAAUUGCGCCCAACGCGAGCGACUAUUACUUUGAUAGCGCUAACAACGAUGGUGACGCCGUAGGUGGAUCUCAAGUUGACAGCUCGGCAUCCGCUUCUGGUUAUGCGAAUGAUUUUGCUGCGGAUGCUUAUGCCAGUGGAUACAGUGCCCAGAACGGAGUUUUCGGAGCGUACGCGAACGGACCGAGUGCUGGUGAAUACUUGCCUGGCGGUAACGCGAGUAUUGCCAUGGACUCGUAUACUACGUUCGGGGUGUCCGGAGAGGCGGCGGCUUCUAGUCCGUAAGCCGACGAUGUCUGCUGACACGCAGCCGUUGAGUGAUAGCGUGGCUCCUCGUUACAAUACUGCUACAACUACCCAUCUCACUCCUCGGGUUUGGUGGAAUCAAGAAACACGAAACUGUAGUCAAUGUAGUAGUUAAAAAGUGAAUAAUUGUGAAUUUGUCUGGACUGU